UUUUGCCUGGCUAUGGCGCUCUUGUUCCAGGGCCGCGGCGAGGCGCUGAGCGACGAGGAGAGGAACGACUUGGCCGCGAUCGAUGCGCUUCGCGAGACCGCCGUAUUGGAGCUCAGGGAGCAGGGAAAUGCGUGUGUGAAGAAAGGGAAGUCCGGGUACAAGGAUGCUGUGGACUGCUACACACGCGCGAUCGAGCAGAGGAUUGAUGAUCCAUUGCAAAACUCGGUGCUCUUUGCGAACAGGGCGCAUGUGAAUUUGCUGCUGGGGAAUUAUAGGCGCGCAUUGAACGAUGCCGAGCAAGCGAUUGAGCUCAAUCCUACGAAUGUGAAGGCCUACUUUCGUGGCUCCAAGGCCGCGCUGGAGCUUGAUUUGCUCGAACGAGCUUCCCAGCUUUGUACAAAAGCUUUGGACGUGGAACCUCACAACCUGGAGCUUAGAAACUUGAAGGAUCAGGCAGAAACUAGAUUGAAAAGGUCGAACGAACGUAAGAUUCAUGUCAAGGAGGCAGAGGACUUUGUCACUUGUUUAGAGCAAAGGCACGUCAAGCUGGGGAGUCACUUGUACAAAGAGCUCUGUGGUGCCAAGAAGCCUUGGCUAGACACUAGCAAUGUUCUACACUGGCCUGUUUUGCUGCUAUAUGGGGAAGUCAUGUCGAGCGACUUGAUUGAGGACUUCAUGGAGUUCGACAAGUUCAAACCUCACUUGCAAAGAAUGUUUGGAGAUGCUUCCCUUCCUUGGGAUGAGAAGCACGAAUACACAAGGGAUCGUAUUGAACUAUAUUACCAGGCAAACGCUGUUGCACCGUUAUCAAGAAAAGCAGCUUUGAGAUCAAUGCUAGAUCACACAGAUGAUUUUGACCAGGAUGAAACAAAAGAAACAGAUCUGCGUAAAUAUUGGGUGAAAGUUGACGAGAACUGCACGCUGCAAACAGUACUUGCAAAACCAGAUUGCACGGUACCCGGAAUUCCAGUUUUUUAUGUUGUAGCACUAGGAUCUCGUUUCAGAGAAUUGUUUCUAUCUGGGGCAUGGUCUCCACCCUGAUAAUACUUUCUUUUGUUUGCUUUGAGUU